AUGAUGCAUAAGUUUUGCUUUGAAGCUUUAGACCGUAGUAUGAGAGAUAUCAUGCGUGUCAAAAAUCCAAAUACCUUGGAUAUGACUUUUGGUGGCAAAACCGUGGUGUUAGGUGGAGAUUUCAGACAGAUUCUACCAGUCAUUCCAAAGGGCACCAGGAAAGAUAUUGUUGGAGCAAGUAUCAAUGCAUCAUAUCUUUGGAGAAGCUGUAAAGUAUUUAAGCUAACAAAGAAUCUCAGGCUAAGGUCAUUGCAAUCAGAAACUGAAGUUCAAGAGAUUGAAAAAUUUGCAAAGUGGAUUGCUAAUAUAGGUGAUGGAACAAUUGGUGAGUCUUUGCAUGGAGAAUGUGAGAUAAAUAUUCCUGAAGAAUUUGUGCUAACUUGUGUUGAGGAUCCAAUUUCUACAAUUGUUGAUAGCAUAUUCCCUAUGUUUCGCAGAGGUCAUAGUGAUAUUGAAUACCUAAAAGAUCGUGCUAUUUUGGCACCAACAUUGGAUAUUGUGGAUGCAGUAAAUGAAUACAUGAAUGACUACAAUAAUACCGAAGGAAGGACGUAUCCCAGUUGUGAUUCGGUCUGUAAAUCUGAUUCAAAUGUUGACAUGCUUGCUGAUUUGCACACUCCAGAAUUUUUAAAUGGAUUAAGGUGUUCAGGAGUUCCAAAUCACUCAUUGACUCUAAAAGUUGGCUCUCCAGUUAUGCUUCUGAGGAAUAUUGAUCACUCAUUGGGGUUGUGCAAUGGCACAAGAAUGAUAAUUUCAAAGUUGGCAGAUCAUGUUUUAGAAGCUCAAAUACUAUGUGGUGCAAGUGCCGGUACAAAGGUCUUAAUUCCAAGAAUGUCCUUAACACCUUCUGAUCCAAGAUUGCCUUUUAAGUUCCAAAGGAAGCAAUUUCCACUAAUGUUGUCAUAUGCAAUGACAAUAAAUAAAAGCCAAGGCUAG